AUGAACACCUUAAGCAACAAACUCAUUGGCUGUCAGAUUAAAUUUGCCCUGAUCGUUGGCCUGUUGGUAUCCUUGGCCUGGGCACUUCCUGUCGAGGAUGAUAGGAAUCCCCUACCAACAGAAAUUAAUGCCGUGAACACCGAGCAGCCUAUUGAAGCAGCCCCUGUUGUGGAAAAAGCAGAAAAUGCUGUUCAGCUCCGAUUCCCGCCUUUCAAUAACAAUGGAACGACAUUUUUCGAAAGAUUUGGUGAAAAAUUCAGGAAUAAGUGGACCACAACUACAACCACAACGACCAAGAGUACAGCAGGAUAA